AUGAAUUAACCAAAUAAAGUCUAGGAAUAUGAAAAGGUUAUUGACCUACUUGAACACUUCUUGAAAAAAUAUUAAAAUUUAGGCAGGAAUGCUAUAGAAACUUCAAUUGUCAGUCUUCUAAAAAACAAUGUAAGCGGAUUAUUUUUUGUAGGAUUUUAUGAAGUUAUUGAUGGUAAUUCUCUUGAAGUCGGUCCAUAUUAAAGUACCAUAUUGGCAACACCAAGAAUUGAAAAAGGGAAGGGACAAUGUGGGUAAUGUUGGGCUGAAGGAAAAGUUCAGAUUUAAGAAGAUGUGAAGGUUUGUUAGAAUUACAUAGCGUGCGAUAAUGAGACUUAAAGUGAGAUAGUGAUUCCAGUUAUAAAGAAUGGAGUGGUGCAAAGUGUUUUGGAUAUUGAUUCAGAACACUUGUCACGAUUUGACGAAGUCGAUUCUAAGUAUUUAUAAAGAAUAGUUGAGUAUUUAAUUUGA